GGCUGACCCGCCCCUCGCUGGGUCGUUUUCUUGCGGAACUACACUGAAUCUCCGGGACUAGUGCAUGUAACAUAUAACAUACUCUGUCGCAAAGUACGCGAGUACUAGGUCAUAUUCAAUCACACUUCUCUUCAAACAGACAUACGCCAUUGAAGUGUGCACCUUGAGUUGCCCUCUAGUUGAUCUCCAGUAGGAAUGUCCACCUGUAUCACAACUGAUGCCGCGAACUAAAAGAGACGCCGUUCACUAGCCAACUGAUCGACCACACCAUCCCGACCAUUGAAGAUGCCGCGCGGUAGAAAAAAGAAGGAGGAACUGCUGGUGGAUAUACAAAUACACGAGGAUGUCUGGGCUCAGUGCGACAGCUGUCAGAAAUGGCGCAGACUGCCGCCUGGGACAGUCCUGGACGAAAGCAAGCCCUGGUAUUGCAACCUCAAUCCGGACCCAAACUACAAUAACUGUUCCCGGCCAGAGGAGGAUUGGCAGAACUCGGGCGAUAAGGAGCUUGAUCCCGGCGUGAAGGCCGAAUUGAAGGCAGUGGCGGCCAAGAACGCUCUGAAGAAGCUAGCGGGACACGAUUUGGCCGCUGGUAGCAGUGGAACCACGGGUCGGGGCAGGAAGCGCCAAACCGAAAGCGACGCGGGCUGGGGCGUCCUGCCGAAGAAGAGCAAGAGCCUGGCAGAGGCGACUCCGCCCCCCGGGCCGGUGGUCACCGCUGCUGUGGCCCCGCAUGCCGCCGCUGCAGCCGCCCCCCCUGCUGCUGCCCCCGCCCCCAACAUGCUCUUCCCCUCCCUGCACGAGGAGCUCAAGGCGCUGUCCAACGGCUGCUCGCGCAUCCUGAACAACGGUGGCACCUGGGAGCCCACGCAGCCCUCCCAGCACCUCUGCCAGGAGCACAUCAACAUGCCGCGCUGGUUCUGGGACGGCAUGCAGCACCUGCUGCCGCAAGCCGCCUGCCUGGCAGCAUGCGCGGCGGACGUCCUCACCGCACUGCAGUACGGCAUGUCCGUACAUCAGCAGCCGCAGCCGGCUGCUGCGCCGCAGUCCGCCUUGGCACACAUGCUGCCGAAAGCGCCGGGCGCUGCGGGGGCAGGGGCUGGCGGCGGAGGCGGUUCCGGGAGCAGCAGCAGCAGUGCUGCUGCGAUGCAGCAGGCGGAGGUGUUUGUACGACUGUCGUUCAUGAGUGCUGCCAGCAUGCUGCAGCCGGUGGUGAAGCUGGCCAUGCAGGGUGGGGACAUCCAGGCGGCGGUGGCGGCGGCAACGAAGCCGGCCUUCUCGCCGCCGCCGGCCCCGGUCGUGGCAGCGCCGGUGGCGUCGCCGACUGUAGCUGCGCUCCCCCCACCGCCGGUGCCUCAGUCCGCACCAGCACCGGUACCAGUACCGCUACCAUCCGCUACGCCUUCCGCGGCUCCCGCCGCACUUGUUGCACAUGCAGCACCUGCUACCUCGGGUGAUGAGGGCGAGGUGUCGGAGCCCUCUCCCACGCCCAGUGCGCACGCCUCACCACCGCCGCCACCACCGCCGCCCCCGCCAGCGCCGGCGGUGCAGCCUGCACACACCUCCCCGCCUGCAUCCGUCUCCGCUCCUCCGCCUCCGCCGCCGCCUACAACGGCACCUCCGCCGGCGCCCCCUUCUGCUCCGUCGUCCUCCUCGCCCGCUGCUGGCGGUGGCUCAGCCGCGCCCAGCAGCACCACCGGCGGAGGUGGCGGAGGCGGCGGUGGCGGUGGCGGCUCCUCUCAGCGGCCCGGCGGCAGCCGCGCCUCCAGUCCCGGAACCACCAGCAUGGGUCCUGCGGGCGACGCGGCGCCUAGCAGCAGCGGCGGCGGCAGCCGGCGGGAGUCCCGUGGGCCGCGGGAGCCACCCCGCGGCCCUCGAGAGCGGCAGCGGGACCCCGCCUACGAGCGUCACCUGCAGCCGCAUUCGUCCUUGCAGCCGGCAGCACUGCCGGGUGUGCUGGGCCGCCCUGGGUCUGAGAAGGAACGUGAGCGGGACAUGUCUCGGGAGCGGGACAGCGGGAGGCGUGAGGGAGACCGGGGGGAGCGGGAGUACUACCAACAGCAGCAGCAGCAGCACUCGCGUGCAUCCUCGCGUGAAAGGGAGCGUGGGGAGGCCGGCCGGGAGUACCAUGCAGGUGCGCUCCCUCCCAGCCGGGAGGUUUCCCGCGAGCGCGACCCACGGGCCAUCAGCCGGGAGCGCCACUGGGGUCCGGAGUCGCCGCGCCAUCACAGCGGCUUCAGCACAGGCAGCGAGGCAGCAGCAGCCGGCGGCGGCGGCGGUCGGGAGUGGCACGAGGGACGUGAGCGACGCGACAGUCGGGAGCGAGAUCGCGAGCGCUCGUACGACCGUCCGCCGCAGCACCAUGGGGGGCACGGGUACGCCGGGGGCAGCGGGUACGGCGGCGGCGGCGGUCGUGAGUAUAGGGACGGG